AUGCCUGCAGCAGACCGGCACGACCCGUUUGCCCCCGAAUCCUCCUCAUCGCCGUCGCCCACGACUACCUUGCCGAAGCGCAACCCCCCGUCCGACGACCGAGACGAGCUCGACUUUCUCGGCGGCCAUGACGACGGCGACGACGACGACGAUGAUGGCCACGUGCUCGACGACGACCCAAUCCACCACGACGAAUUCACCACACCCAUCUCCUUCAAGCGCAAAUCAAAGCCCUCGCUGCUUGCCAACCCCGGGCGACUGCCGCUCUCGGCGCUGACGGGCGGCGGCGGCGACGGCGACGGCACCACGACGGCGUCUCGGGAACCCCUCGUCGCCCCUCCAGCAGCGACAUCCUCACCGCGGCGGCGGCGGCGGCGCGGCACCAGCAGCGCCGCGUUUACAAAGGAUGGAGCCAGCACCAGCACCUCGGCCGCAGCGCUCGACUGGCACGUCGAGGGCCCCGGGCGGCGCGUCGCCUACGACGACCUCACGGCCAUUGACUGGAUCUUCGAGUACACCAAGGAGCGGCAGCGGCUGCGCGUGCUGACAGCCGACGCGCGCGGCCUCGCCGGCCACGCCCGCCGCCUGCUCGACGCCAGCCAGGUCUGGGUCGUCAUGGUGCUGACGGGGCUGGCCGUCGGCGCCGUCGCCGCCCUCAUCAACAUCACCACCGACUGGCUCGGCGACCUCAAGCUCGGCUACUGCGCGAGCGGGCCCGAGGGCGGCCACUUCUACCUCAACAAGUCCUUUUGCUGCUACGGCUACGACCAGGGCAGCAAGUGCGUCGGCUGGCGCUCCUGGGGCGAGGCCCUCGGCCUGCACGCCGUCGCCGCCCGCUGGAUCGUCGAGUACAUCUUUUACUUGUUCCUAUCGGUACUGCCGUCUCCCAACCCCUUUGUUCCUUUUUCGCUCAUGGUGCAAGAGUACUCGCUCUACGCCAAACACAGCGGCAUCCCGGAAAUCAAGACCAUCCUCGGCGGCUUCGUCAUCCGCCGCCUGCUCGGCGCCUGGACCCUUGUCACCAAGUCGCUCGGCCUCGUCCUCGCUGUCGCCUCGGGCAUGUGGCUCGGCAAGGAAGGACCCCUCGUCCACGUCGCCUGCUGCUGCGCCAACCUCUUCACCAAGCUGUUCCGCCGUACAAUUCACAGCAACGAGGCGCGGAAGCGCGAGCUGCUCUCUGCGGCGGCGGCGGCCGGCAUCUCCGUCGCUUUUGGCUCCCCGAUUGGCGGCGUCUUGUUCAGUCUCGAGCAGCUAUCGUACUACUUCCCCGACAAGACCAUGUGGCAGAGCUUCGUCUGCGCCAUGACGGCCGCCGUGUCGCUCCAGGCGUUUGAUCCCCUGCGGUCUGGCAAGCUGGUCCUGUACCAGACGAAAUACAGCCGAGACUGGCACGGCUUCGAAAUCCUUCCCUACGCCCUUCUUGGUAUUAUCGGAGGCGUCUACGGCGGCCUCUUCAUCAAGGCCAACAUGUUUGUCGCGCGCUGGAAAAAGGCCAACGCCUCCUGGCUGCCCGGGCCCAUUGUCCAAGUGCUGGCCGUGGCCCUCCUGACGGCGCUCAUCAACUUCCCCAACCACUACAUGAAGGUGCAGUCGACGGAGCUCGUGUCGAGCCUGUUCCAGGAGUGCUCGCAGGUGCUCGACGACCCGGUCGGGCUGUGCACGACGGGCGCGGCGUCGGCGCGCACCGUGGUGCUGCUCCUCUUUGCGGCGCUGCUCGGCUUCGCGCUCGCCGCCGUCACGUUUGGCCUGCAGAUCCCGGCGGGCAUCAUUCUCCCGUCCAUGGCCAUUGGCGCGCUCGUCGGCCGCGCCGUCGGCAUCCUCAUGGAGAUGUGGGUGGACAGCCACCGCGGCUUCCUCGCCUUCCAGGCGUGCGCGCCCGACACGCCGUGCAUCACGCCCGGCACGUACGCCAUCAUCGGCGCCGCCGCCGCGCUCACCGGCGUCACCCGCAUGACCGUCUCCAUCGUCGUCAUCAUGUUUGAGCUCACCGGCGCGCUCACGUACGUGCUGCCCAUCAUGGUCGCCGUCAUGGUCGCCAAAUGGGUCGGCGACGCCUUUUCCCGUCGCGGCAUCUACGAGUCCUGGAUCCACUUCAACGAGUACCCCUUCCUCGACAACAGCGACGAGGUCGCCGCCGUCCCCGACGCGCCCGCCGCCCACGUCAUGACGCGCAUCGAGGACCUCGUCGUCCUCACCGCCACCGGCCACACCAUUGCCUCCCUCCACGACGUCCUCGCCGCCCACCCCUGCCGCGGCUUCCCCGUCAUCUCCGACCCCCGUGACGCCGUCCUCCUCGGCUACAUCUCCCGCGCCGAGCUCAGCUACAAUGUCCGCGCCGCCGCCGCACCGCCCCGCGCCCUGCCCCCGCUCACAGAGGCCUUCUUCGCCCACCAGCCCCUCGCCGACCCCCGCACCACCCUCGACCUCCGGCCCUGGAUGGACCAGACGCCCCUCACCCUGCCCGCCCGCACCAGCCUCCAGCUCGUCGUCGCGUACUUUCAGAAGCUCGGCCUGCGCUACGUGCUCUUUAGCGACCGCGGCGUCCUCCAGGGCCUGCUCACCAAAAAGGACGUCUGGUACGUGCUCAACGGCGCAGACGAGACGCGCCGCACGACGGCGGGCGGUGUCGCCGCCGCCGCAGCAGCACAGACUGGUCCUGCUGGUCGAGGGGUGGCGCCGGAAGAGCCGCUGUUGGUAUCGGAUGAUGAAGCGGAUGACGACGGCGUUGCUGGUCCCCGUAGCCCCAUGCUAUAG